AGGAAUGUCUGAAGAGACAAAAAAAUUAACUAAGUGUCUAAUAACAAAAGGAUUUUUAAGACCAGAUAAAAUGCUGGUUUGCACUACAACAUGUAAUUCAUAAUGAAAUGUUUGAGAUGUAUCACUUUGAGUGUGAUCUGCCAGUGGAACUAGUAACUUUCCAUCAACAUUAAGCUGCUAUCUUUUCCUGAAAAGUUACCUGUAAGUUAGUUUUGUCUUAUUUCAAGUUUACGAAGACAUUUGCACUAACUAAACCAAACAUACCUGGUAAGAUUUUGUACAUUGGCAUUGCUAAUUCGUCUUCAUUUGAUUUUUAUCAUCAUCAUCAUUUACUUGCAGUCAUAUUUGACUGGCUUUAAAACCUUCUGCAGCAGCAGGUGAGGUCAUCGUCACUCUGGGUCAGAGGGGGGGCAACUUCCGGUUACCUGGACAGGCUUGUUUUUAUUUUUAAUUAUACUUUUAAUUGUGCGUGUCUCUCCCUCUCUCUCUCUCUUGGUUCAUUUGGGAAAGAGGAAGUCUGGGAGCGUUUCCAUUUCCUCAUGCUGCCGGUGUUUCCCCCUCCGCUUUUCCCUCCUCCCGUCCAAUCAGGCGCAAGCGGGGCGGAGCGCGAGCAGAUUUAAGAUGAGAAUGCCCAGGCGCAGAUUACAACCAGGAUUUAUCACAGAGAUUAAACCAUCUGCUUGAGUAAAAGUCUGCAAAAGAACAUGAAACUAGCGCAGAUCUUCAUCCUGGCGCUGUGCGCCGCGUCCGUGACGAUGCAUCGUUGCUAUAAUGAGGCCGAAGUGGAGAAGAAGGCGCUGAAGAAGCUGAAGAAGUUCCCACGUCCCCCGGACAUGACGCCCUCCCCCAACUUUUCCCCCGGCUGCCCGCUGGAGCUCUUCAAGAAGCCCGCCUUGGAGCCCUUGGAGGAUCGCUCCCUGUCUCCCUGGAAAUACGAGAUAGUAAGCAACACUGAGUUUUACCCCCAAACGUACACCCAGGCCGUCUGCCUGUGCAAGGGCUGCAUCAUGUCCAGAAACGGCACGGUGAUAGACAACCAGGACUACAACUCAGCUCCGGUGAUCGGCUCCUGGGUGUUCAUGAAGAGGGAAAAAUGUAAGAAAGGCGGGUACAAGCUGAAGCUGGAGAGACGGGACGUGAUUAUGGGGUGCACCUGCGUAAGGCCGUCCUCAUCACGCUGACCCCCAAUCCCAGCAACUCCUGCGGACUUGGAGCUCAAGGCAGCACCACCUCUACGAGGUUCUGAGGACAUAUUUAUUAUCUAUUUAUUUAUCCAAGCUAUGAUGGGUUGGUCUCUCUUAAAACUAGUGUGAAGCUCUGCAUAGUGCAGCUAAUGGAGGGUAUUAAAUACCCGAUUCUACAACUGAUGAUGUUUCAUCAAAAAAAAAGCUAUUGUGUACUUUUGUUAUAA